AUGUCGAUGGACUUUUUGCUUCGAACCGAGGCGCGGGAAUAUGUCAGUUUGCCAGUGUUUUUUGGGUGAGUUGAACAUAAAUCAGAAUCCGAAUUAAAACAUACAUUUUUAAAGUUCCAGAGCGUUUUCGGCUUGUACUGCGCAAAAUGAAUUGAAUCCAGUUGACGAAAAAAAUCAAGAAGAGACAGAUGUUGUCGAAAAGUUAUUGAUCGAUGAAAGAAUGAGUCAAGUAACAGCGGAUCUUUUUCAAUCUUCUAUCGAGUUUGUGAAACCUUGAAUAUAUAUAUCUUUCAAUGAUUCGUUUCCAUUUUUCAGCAAUUCUGAUAUUCGAUCAACAGCUUCAGCUUCAACAAAAUUGGAUAACACAAAAGAGAGAAACAAUUUGACAUCACAAAAACAUUUGAUUCACGAGACAAAUCGUCGUCGAAAUCCUCAAUAUAAGUCAAUUGCUCUUCGAGCAUUGCGCUAUGAUUAUAUUGAAAAAUCUGUUAUGAGCAGACAUUCUCCAUUUUGUGUGGUUGAUCCGGAAGAUAAAAUCGAUUUGAAUCUUGAUGUAAGUUCUUUUUCUAAAAUUAAUCUGUGAAGUCCCAAAAAAAUCGGUGCUUUCAGAGUAACCUUAUUGUCAAUGUCUCAAUUUAUAUUGGAUAUAGUCGAGAAUUAACUCCACACGAAGUUCGACUCGGAAGAAGAGUAAGAUUGAUUGGUCAAGUUCAAGAUCCCAAAAUGUCUUAAUUUCAGCUGAAAGUAACUGAUCGAAUUGAAUUAAGUGGAUGUCACACACUUCUCGAACUGAAAAACGCAUUUUCAUGCCCAUCGGAAUACCGAUUCACCGAAGAUUUCAGUCAAAAACAGCCAACCCCUGCUGACUUUUCGAAAAACAAAUACGCAGUUUCAUUUUUCUUCAUUCAUGACACGUUUUAUGUUGAUAAUCCGGACAAUAAUACCGAUCCAUCAGAGUAAGAUUUUUGUCAGAAUUUUAUUUUCUAAUGCAAAAGUUUUCUGAUUGCAGAACAAUUCGAAACUGGGCUGCAACGAAAUCAUCAGUUGGGGAAAUGCAUGUCAAAGACAUGAGAACCACAAGGUACUUUUUGGUUUUUGCAAGAACAAGUAUGAAAAAUAUAUUAUAAAUUUGUAGAUUGGAUCAAUUGACAGCUCGACUUGGACAACCUUAUGUUUUUAUUCAUCAAGGAACUUGUGAACAUCUCAUUGUUUUCAAUGAAUUAUCACACAGGUAAUUUAACUUUUCAAAAGAUUCUUUGUCAGAAAAUUAAAAAAAAACAAUUUUUCAGGAACGAAUCGUAUGAAAACGCAGUUCUUCCUCGUCAUAUUUUCGAGCGAAACUUCCGUCGAAUCAAUUGCAAUGUUUGUCGAGCUGAAUAUGCACAUUGGGCAAUUCUACAACAUCAAAAUCUUCUUCCAAAUUGUCCCGGCUAUUUAUGCACGGAUUGUUAUCACGAACUCUGUUUCGAUGCUCAAAACAACAAAGUCGAAGAUUUCAUUGCCGUUCCAUAUUGCGAUCGAAAAGAAGUUUGUCAAAACGGCAUGUUUCUCCCUGUGCAUAGAUUUUAA